GAAACAGUUAAUCCGAUGGACUUGCAGAAACUCUUAAAAGCAGCUGUCAAUGCGAAAAACCUCAAAUUUGGCAAAACAAUUCACGCCCAUCUUAUUGUUUCCAGUCAGUUUUCUCGAGACCGCGUGAUCGAGAGGAACUCCGUGAUCAAUCUCUACUCGAAAUGCGGCGACAUGUCGAGUGCCCGCCAGCUGUUCGAUAAAAUGCGGAAGAAGAACAUUGUCUCUUGGGGUAGCAUAAUGGCUGGGUAUUUACAUCAUGGGCGUGCUUCCGAGGUUAUAGAGCUGUGUAGGAACAUGUUCACAGAGGAUAAAUUGUGUCCGAACCGGUAUAUAUUAGCAACGGUUCUUUCGUCUUGUUCGCAUUGCGGGUUGCUGGAUGAGGGCAAACAGUGUCAUGGGUACGGGUUGAAAUCUGGGCUGAUUUUUCACCAGUACGUUAAGAACGCGCUUGUGUAUAUGUACUCGAUGUGUUCUGAUAUCAAAGAAGCUAUUUCGGUUCUGAAUUCUCCUCCAAGAUCGGACAUUUGUACCUACAAUUCCGUGCUGAAUGGGAUCUUGGUUCAUGGCGACCUAACAGAAGCGUGGUACGUUUUGCACAGAAUGAUGGUGGAAUGUAAAUACGAUGCGUGGGAUAUUAUAACUUGUGUUAAUCUUUUCGGAAUUUGUGGCCGCCUUAAAGAUUUAAUUUUGGGAAAGCAAGUCCACUGCAGAGUGAUCAAGACUGGUGUUGAUUGUAAUCUGUUUGUAGGUAGUGCUACAGUAGAUAUGUAUGGAAAAUUCGGUGAAAUCUCGCACAUGCGAAAAGUUUUCGAUUCUUUGCAAACUAAAAACGAGGUCACUUGGACAGCGAUACUGACUGCUUAUUUGCACAACGAAUUCUUCGAAGAAGCACUCAAACAAUUUCUCCAAAUGGACCUCGAAAAAGUCGUACCGAACGAGUACACGUUCGCGGUGCUUUUGAACUCGUGUGCGGGUAUUUCAGCCCUUGGUUACGGUAAUUCAUUACAUGCGCGUCUCGAGAAAAUAGGGAUGAAGGAUGACACUGUUGUUGCCAAUGCCUUGAUCCACAUGUGUCUGAGAUGUGGUCUGAUAGAAGAAGCUAAUAUUUUAUUCAGAAAUACAUCGCAUCGCGAUGUAAUAUCUUGGAAUUUGAUGAUAUCCGGUUACUCAUUUCACGGGCUAGGCGAAGAAGCAUUGAAUGUAUUUCAAGAAAUGUUAGUUGCGAAACAAAAACCGAGUUACGUAACCUUUGUCGGGGUUCUCUCUGCAUGUGGCUUCACUGGAAGAAUAGACGAAGGGUUCCAUUAUUUGAAUAAUACGAUGAGAGAAUUCGGGAUCGAACCUGGAUUAGAACACUACACAUGCAUAGUCGGGCUUCUUGGUAGGGCAGGUAAGCUAAACGAAGCAAUGGAUUUCAUGGGAUCGAAUCCAAUCAAAUGGGACGUAGUUGCAUGGAGAACUUUGCUCAAUGCAUGUAAUGUCCAUCAAGAUUACCUUUUAGGAAAUAGGGUUGCGAAAAUUGUGCUGAAUAUGAACCCAAACGAUGUAGGUACUUGUAUUCUGAUGUCGAAUAUGCACGCAAAAUCAAAGAGAUGGGAUAAAGUUGUGGGCUUACGUAAAUUUAUUCGAGAAAGGAAUAUAAAGAAAGAGCCCGGAUUGAGCUGGACGGAAAUGAAGAACGAUACGCAUGUCUUUGCUUCGGAUGAUAAUGUGCAUGCAGAGUCGGUUCAGAUACGUAAUAAGGUGAGGGAAAUGUUGUCUGAAAUUAGGGCUUUGGGUUAUGUUCCAGAUGUUUUUUCGGAGUUGCAUGAUGUGGAGGAGGAGCAGAAAGAAGAUGGGCUUAGUUAUCAUAGUGAGAAGUUGGCUAUAGCUUAUGCUCUUAUGAAAACGCCUCCUUUGGCGCCUAUACGUGUGAUGAAGAAUCUGAGAAUGUGCGAUGAUUGUCACUCUGCUGCUAAAUACAUCUCGAAGCUUACGAAUAGAACGAUUGUUGUUCGAGAUGUUAAUCGCUUUCACAGUUUUAAAGAUGGCUUAUGUUCGUGUGCUGAUUACUGGUAAAAGUUAUAGUCUAAUCUCCUCAUAAGAUUGGAGAGUAAGGGGCACAAUUGUCCACUUAUAACUGAGGAUGUCGAUAUGUUGUAUCAAACAAUUCAACACCACCGAGAUCUUCGUGGGUUGUUCAAAAAAGAAAUCCCGUCUUCAAGACUCGACCAGGCAAAUGAAAGUGGCUGCCUCGUUAUUAUCUCAGAAAAGCAACAUACUGCUCCGGAAUUGUUUGAAGGUGGAAGAAGGGAUGAGAUGAAACAUGGAUUCACAUGGUCUCUUGGAGGAAGAUUCAUCGUUUCUUGCUACACGUGGAUACUCUUGAUUGGCUAAUGUUCUUCUAAAGCAGUGUGUAACUCUCUGUUAGUUACAGUGAAACCUCUAUAAAUUAAUACAGUUGGAACCAUCAAAAUUUCAUUAAUUUAGCGAA